GUCUCGCGUGCAGUAAGAAAAGGAAAGUUAUCAAAUAUGGCUUCCAUGAAAAUUUUGGUUACUAUUCCAAGAGUUUACCAGCGCUUAUAUUGUACUACUAAUCACAAAAUAGUUUCAUUAAACAAAAUCAGUCAUCAUCAGUAUUCCACAGACAGCAUCCAUCCAGUAAAUUCUAGUAUCAAAUCUUCAGAAAUAAAAUCCUCUAUCAGUACAGCAGAAGAGCAACAAUGGCAUGAAAAAGAUACUUUUAAUCAUGAAGAAGUUAAAAGGCUUUUAGGAGAAAUUGAGGGUGAUGAACCUAUUGCUAACAUGAAUAACCCUUAUAAAGCAAAACAGCGUAAAUGUAUCUUAUGUACACGCAAUGUAUAUAUCGAUUACAAGAAUGUUGAGCUUCUCAGUCAAUUUGUUUCACAACAUUCUGGAAGAAUACUUCCUCGCAAUAGAACUGGGCUGUGUAUUCCCAUGCAGAACCAUAUAUCAAGGUUGAUCCAAAGAGCGAGAACGCUAGCUUUUAUGCCCUACAUGCACAAAGAUCCUGAAUAUAUUCCACAGCCUAAAAACAUUUUUAUUCCAAAAAAUGAUGAUAAUUCAAAGUGAUGCUCUGCUGAUAAGUAUAUGAAGUGCCAUAUAAAUAGAGAGUUUUAGAACUUAGAAUGUGAUCCAGAUUCAAGUGACUUUUGAAUGUAAUAAAAUAUCUAGAUAAUUA